AUGCCACCAGGCAGAGGCAAGGGCCGAGGAACUAGAACGACUGUUACCAGAGGUAGCGGAUCUACCCAAGGGUCUCGUCCUGGACCAAUCGAAGGCAUCUCUUGGAACGAUUUGCAUCAAGUCUAUAAAGCACGAGAACCGUCGGGUCUGUUUCCGGAGAUUGAAUUGCCCCACCCGCGACGUCCAACUGAAAAUGAGCUGUCAGCUGUUGUUGUAAUGGCAGAGCAUAAAAACUUGUUAAAGUUGACACCGUAUCAUCUGUCUAGACCAGCGUCUAAACCAGCUGUCCAACGAUACUCCGAUUGCAUAAAAUCUGUACGAGAGACGAGAACGUUAAAAGAAAUAAAUGCAGAUUUGGGCUUUUUCCCAGAAGAGCUGCAUAGCGUCUAUGAUAAUACUAAAACAUCAACUAUUUUGACAGAUACAACACAGAGAUCAGAAAUCAACGUUGGCGCACAACUCGACCAAUUCCUUAAAGACGAAACCGAGGAAGGGGGAAGGGAGCGUGCUGAUGCUCAAGUGGUAGAACCCGACCUUGAGAUUUCGGCAGAAGCAGAAGCAGAAGAUGAAUAUGAGGAAGAGACUGACUAUGUGAUGUCAUACUUUGACAAUGGCGAGGAUGAAUUUUAUGACGAAUUAGAAGACGCAGAUGGGGGAGAAGCGUAUUACGACUAA